AUGUUUCCUCUUCAUCGCAGUAAAGGCGAUAUAAUCAUCAAACAAGGCGAUGAGGGUGAUAACUUCUAUAUUAUUGAUCAAGGCGAAGUUGACUAUCCCUGGGUUUCCCUAGUUGUCUUUAGGGUUGGACACCGAAUCAGGUGCUGCGCCGCGCAAUCAUGCCCGGUACGUAGUCUAAACUCAGCAACGGCUUUGAUUCUCGGCCAGUCGGCUAUGUCGGAGAGUGCCACUGUCCACUACUUCUCUGUUGUUCACCAGUCGGCUAUGUCGGAGAGUGCCACUAUCUACGUGAAUGGGGAACUAGUAAGCUGUAUAGGGGAGGGCGGAAGUUUCGGUGAAUUGGCUCUCAUCUACGGCACCCCUCGAGCGGCUACAGUGAAAGCACGGAGUGACGAGGUUAAACUAUGGGGUAUUGAUCGUGAUUCCUAUCGACGUAUCCUCAUGGGCAGCACCAUUCGCCGUCGCAAAAUGUACCAGGACUUUUUAGCUCGCGUCCCUAUACUAGAUAAUCUCGAAAAAUGGGAACGUUUAACAGUUGCCGACGCAUUGGAACCAGUUCGUUUUGAUGCUGGAGAUCGCAUAGUUCAGCAAGGCGACCCCGGAGACGAUUUUUACAUUAUUAUUGAGGUUUGUUCAAUAUCCUCAUUGCAAAUUUGUUUUGUGGCUGGCGCGUAA